AUAUAUAUAUACAUAUAUAUAUAUAUAUAUAUACAUACUUAUUAGAAUAUAAGUAUUUUACGCGCUCUCCUUAUCUUCUCGCCAAAGAAUCGAGGAAUUGACAUUUUAUUUUUAAAGAGUCAUCUGAGAAGUGUCUUUGACUCCUUCACCAUGAUCCACAUUUAAGAUCCCUGCAUUCCUGAGACUUCCUCUGUGUAUCUGAAGACCUCUUACCAAUAUCCAUAAACAGCAUUAUGGCAUCCACUGAGAAUAACCACCAAGGCCUUCCCAAGGACCAGGCACUUCUUAAAGUCCCAAUAAAGAGGUUGAUGAGAGGCAAUGGCAUAGACGGUACACCCAUAAAGAAACGUGUGAUGGCUGCUUUAAAUCUUUCCUGUAAAAAAAUCCCAGAAACCUCUCUCGGCUCAAACAGUGCUUGUGAGUAUCAGGUCUCCAAGGCAACGAACACGAUGGAUCCCGAUCUGGAUCUCAGCCCUGGUUUGAAACACACCCUAGCACAGUUCUCUCUGAGCAGCCAGUGUUCUCUUGGCGGUCCAGCUGCAUUUUCUGGUCAUCAUGUUCAGCAUAAGUUGGCACCCCCUCAGGCCCAGGGAGGUGGGGCAGGGGGGCCCCUUCUAGUCCCUCCUGACAGCUCCACAGAUCUUGGCCUCUGCAGUCUGGAGGGUGAGUCCAUCUCUUGCUUCUCUGUGGGAGGUGAACUGCGACUUUGUCUGCCCCAGUUGCUGAACACCAUUCUCCGGGACUUCUCCUUGCAACAGAUCAACUCAGUGUGUGACCAGCUGUAUUUGUACUGUUCCCGUUGUGAUAACACACAGUUGCAUAUCCUCAAAGUUCUGGGCAUCCUUCCUCCAGGGACUCCAUCCUGUGGCCUCAUCACGUUGACUGAUGCCCAGCGCCUUUGCAACACAUUGCUCCAUCCAGGUGAGGAUCUCUUUCAUGAGUCGCACAAAGGUUAUGUUGCUGGGGAGGAGAAAGAGAAAGAUUCAGAGGAAUCUGGAGGAUUUUGGGUGGAACACCAAUGUCUGGGGAAGUGUCAAGGCCUGUUUGUUCCCCAGCUUUACUCCAGUCCAGAUGCACCUUGUAUCCAUUGCUCCCAGUGCCGAAAGCUCUUCUGCCCAGAGCGGUUUGUCAUGCACUCCCACCGACAGCCAGACAAACGCACAUGCCACUGGGGCUUUGACUCAGCCAAAUGGGCCUGCUAUCUACAGCUAGCUCACAGACACCUGGGAACAGCAGAUGAAGAGAAGCUGCAGCAGACUCUGGAGAAUAUGAAGGAAAAAUACCAGCAGGAGAAGAGGGAGCCACCUCAGGGAGAAUCAUCACCUGAUUUUGUAUUUGACUCCCAUUUAAUUGCCAGUCUGAAGGAGGACCCCAAUCAUGAUGACUUGAUGUGGCAAAGUUGGUACCAGUGCAUGCCUGACAAGCUGGCAGGUAACCGCUUGGCACAACACCCUGGGUGUGUGCCUGAAAAGGAAAUGGGGUCUCCAAGAAUAGAGACACUGGGCGGUCCAGACAAACAUGGAGAAUCUCAGGGUAACAAGAGACAGGAUGUAGACAACUCUUACCCUAAGACGCCCAUCUUUUCAGAACACGAUCAGGACGGCAUGGUGAUGGAACUCCUUCAGAUGUACAGUACUCAACAUGAGAAACUUCAGUCAACGCUAUGCAGACAGAAACAGCUUGAAAAGGAGCUGCAGGCUCUGCAUCAAGGAGAAGCCAUAGACCAGAGAACGGAGAUGGUGCAGACUGAGCAUGCUCAGAGGCUGGGAGAGGUCCAGCAGGAACAGAGAAAGCUGAAGUCUCGACUCAACCAGCUGAGGCAGCAAGGCUGCAGAUGCAAAGAGCUGGGUACUGAGCAACACCAAGAAACCAUCUAUGCCAAACAGUUAUCAGAACUGCGUCAGAGACUGGACCGCGCUGAGGAAGACCGCGAGGAGCUGCAGGAGGAGCUACGCAGGGAGAGGGAUGCCAGAUAUAGGCUGGAGCGUACUAUCUCUGAGCUCAAACAACAGAUGAGGGAGCCCGCCCCCCAUGCUUCAGUGGACAGUCUCAUGUCUUCAGCCUCUAGUGACACAUUUAUGUCCCUGACGCCUUAAGAGUGAUCUACGGAUCAGUCUCCAAUGUGCAACCUGAAUUCUGUGCUUAUCUGAAAUUUUCAGAAUUCCUGAAGUCUGUGAUCAAGAGUUUGUUGGAAUGGUGUCGUUGUUAUUGCAGUUCUAUGGACAAAUUAAGGGGCUGUUGUGAGUAACUGGUUUUAUUCUGUGAAUUAAUUGAAAAAGAAUAACUCUCGGGUGGAAUUUCUGAGACACGUGAAUAUGGAUUGUUGGAGUUUUGAUACAAAUGUAGUGGACAUUAUGCAAAUGACUAAUCCUGCUAGCGUACAAUCAACACUAUUUUGGUCUAUCAGUGCAAAGACAACUGAUGAUUUUAUGAAAAUCUAACAUUUUUAUUUAAUCACAAAUGAUAUAUUGUUUUUAAAGGUAUUUGUUGUUUAUGGAUAAAUGUUAUGUGAAUAAUCUCAUGUCAAAUAACACAUAUUUAACAUUCUUUUUGUCAAAUACAUUUAUAUUUUAUGGAGACUAUGCUCAGUAAGAAUGUACAAAAUAUAUGCAUGUGUACUUAAAAAUGUUUUACAUAUACAGUAUAUAUAUAUAUAUAUGUGUGUGUGUGUGUGUGUGUGUAUGUAUAUGUUUACACUGUGGUAUACCUUUAAAUGUUCAAAUACUGUAUAUAACAGAAAAUGUUUUCUGAGACAUUUCCAGUGAAUUUUACCUCCUUUAAUGACCACCAAAAUUGUUUCUCUCAUUUCUAAAUUAUCAAAACAUUUAAACUUUAAAGGUAAUUAAUAUCAAGAAAUGGUCUUAUCCCUGUACUUUACAUUCUAUAAAACAUCUAGACAAACCAGGUCUACUUGUUUCACUUUUAAUUGAAUAAAUCACCGUUCCUGUGGGUCAGAAGUUUACAUAAGUGAACUGUGCCUUUAAGCAGCUUGGAAAAUUCCAGAAAAUGAUGUUAAGCCUUUAGGCAAUUAGCUUCUAAUAGUUUGGAGGUGUACCUGUGGAUGUAUUUUAAGGCCUAACCUCAAACUACAUGCCUCUUUGCUUGACAUCAUGGGGAAAUCUAAAGAAAUCGUGGACCUGCAUAAGUCUGGUUCAUCCUUGUGAGCAAUUUCCAAACACCUGAAGGACCCAUGUUCACCUGUACAAACAUUAGUACACAUGUAUAAACACCAUGGGACCACACAGCCAUCAUACCGCUCAGGAAGGAUACGCAUAUGGAGGGACUGGUGCACUUUACAAAAUAGAUGACAUCAUGAGGGAGGAAAAUGAUGUGGGUAUAUUGAAGCAACAUCUCAAGACAUCAGCCAGGAAGAUAAAGCUCUGUAGGAAAUGGGUCUUCCAAAUGGACAAUGACUCCAAGCAUACCUCCAAAGUUGUGGCAAAAUGGCUUAAGGACAACAAAGUCAAGGUAUUGGAGUGGCCAUCACAAAGCCCUGACCUCAAUCUGACAGUACAUUUGUGAGCAGAACUGAUAAAGUGUGUGCGAGCAAGGAGGACUACAAACCUGACUCAGUUACUCCAGUUCUGUCUGGAGGAAUGGGCCAAAAUUCCAGCAACUUAUUGUGAGAAGCUUGUGGAAGGCUACUCAAAUAAUUUUGACACAAGUUCAACAAUUUAAAGGCAAUGCUACCAAAUAUUUACAAAGUGUAUGUAAACUUCUGAUCCACUGGGAAUGUGAUGAAAGAAAUAAAAGCUGAAAUAAAUAAUUCCCUCUUCUAUUAUUAUGACAUUCACAUUAUCAUUAAAAUUAAUUAGUGAUUCUAACUGACCCAAGACAGCAAAAGUUUUCUAUGAUUAAAUGUCAGGAAUUGUGAAAAACUAAGUAUAAUGUAUUUUGCUAAGAUGUAUGUAAACUUCUGACUUCAACUGUAAUAUAUAUAUAUAUAUAUAUAUAUAUAUAUA